AAAAUUUGCAUAAUAUAUAAAUAUUAGGGAAAAAAAACAUAAUUCAAAUGAUAAGAACAAGGUCAAGAAACGGUUAACGUAAUUUAUACGUCUAAUGGUCAAAUUUUCUGGGGCAGGGGGUUAUUUAAUUGAAGGUCAUCGACAUGUAAGAAACGUCCAAGGCGUGACUUCCGGUCCCAGUAUUUAAGUGUCGUUUGGCAUCGUCAAUUUUUUUCAACUGUCACAUAUACAUAAUACAUAUUUUUCGUCAUGGUAGCCGAAAUGACAGGCAUUUCUUUAACGACUACCAAACUGAAAGCAAGUUCGGACAAAAAUAAAUCAAGUGAUAUUGUUAUCGAUCAGGAAUCGUCAAAUUUUUACAAAUCCAUUAAGAAAAGGCCAAAAUGGAUAGAAACAGCGACACGUGAAGCUAUUUACAGUGUUCUUGAUUCUAAAGAAGAUAUUGAGGAUCAUCAUCAGCGUCAUUGUCGAUUUAAGGAUAAUGUUGUCUUGAUUACCGCUUACACAAGUUCUGCUGAUUCUCGGGAAAAAUUUUCGAACGAGGAUAGUGUUUUGAAAAAUUGUAAAUCUUAUCAGUGUGAAGAAGAAGAGAAGAAGGAGGAAGAGUUGAAUCCUCUCUACAGUGUGAUAAGAAAAAAAGGAACGAAUAAUCCACAAACGGAAGUUGUUUCAAGACAAGAAGAACUGAGAAAGUGGUUGCAAAUUGCGUCCAAUAGAAUUCCGAUAACGCGUUUUAAUUCUGAUCAUACGAAUAUGAGUUCUCAGGAAAGGACCAAUAAUCUAAAUGAAGAACGUAGACCGAUUUCAACCCCUAGAGGAGUAGUGGGUCUUGUGGGACCAUACAGAGUCCAUCAUCAUAAUUUAUCCGAGAGGCGUGAAUACAUUUUACAAGAGGAGGAAUUAAUUGAGGAGAAUAGCGAUUAUGUUAAUGAUCUUCAUGAAAGUGAGAUAAUUCGAGAAAGAGGAGGGGAAAUUCAGAAAAAUAAUAAUAAUUAUCACGAGGAGCAUAAGAGAGCAAAAUGGAGGAUAAGGGACGAAGAUGAGGAAACUCUUGUUCCUGAAAUGAUGGUGAGGAAUUUUCUCGAUAAUAUGGUGGAUGAUGAUUUGGAAAUUAAGGACGAUGUGGUCCAGGAGGUGGCUGACAAGAUUAAAGAUUGGAAACAAUUGGAAAUAAGAAGCGUUACUGAUCAAGUGGAGGGAAUUAUUAUUGGCAAACAGGAAAGGGCUGUUGAUGUUCCGGAGUCAAUGGAUAAGAGUACGAAAUCUUCCAACGUUUCCGCGAGUAACGAACAACAUGACAAGGACAGUUUGAACGAAACAGGAAGCACAACGGGUGGCACGGUGGAGGGUGCCCCUGGGGGAAACCCCGGAAGGGGCGAAAGAUCUAAGGAAACUGAACCCUCUGCACAAGAGCCAUCCUCAUCAGCAGUGCCUCCAAGAUCUCUUGUAUCGAGGAUACUAUCGAGGGCGAGGUCUCCUGAAGAACUUUUAGACCAUUCUGAACCAUAUUCGCAAUUAUGGAUCGUUCUGUCAAAUGUUUACGGGGAACUGGUGGUGAUAAUGAUGAUGGCCCUGUGCCUCGCCGAAGUGAUGGAUACACCUGUGCCUUUACUCAGCUUACAGGGAAUUUUCCUGAUGUAUAUGUAUAUUGGAAGCAUAGUCGUAAUCAUAAGCAUCUACCUCUGGGUCUUAGUGGACAGUUGUCGAAGUUUAGGAAGCAGUGGAAUUGGAAUUGAUGACGCCGAACUCGGUGGUGCAUCACUCACGAGAUUUGGAUCCCUUAAAAGGGCCCAUAUUUCACGCUCGAGAACAACAACAACGAGUUUCUACAUACGAGUUGGAGCCUUACUUUUUGGCCUGGCGACUCUAGUCUUUAAUGGACUGGAAAUGGCAAUGCAUUCAAUGAUGCAAGGAGCGUCUUGUCUCAGUGAUAUAAUUUUCGUUCAUCCCGUUCUGCAUGGACUCUUCACUUUCCUGCAAAUGCAUUUUCUUUUCGUCAAUUCUCAAGUUCUCGUUGAGAGAUUUGGACUGGCAGCAAGAUUUGGUUUCACACACUUGGCCGCGACGAAUGUGGCAGUUUGGAUUCGAUUAAUAAUUUGGGAUUCCGCUUUAGAAUGGACGUAUUUCGUUCAUCUCGCUCAAAGAGGACCGCAAACUUCCUCGUCACCUCUUCAUCUUCGAGGCUUCCCUCAAUCUUUGACGAGGCACACGAGAGACGUUUUGG